CCCCUGCAGAGGUCAUAGCAUGAAGAAGAUCCGUUGUAUUAGUGGCUCAGCUUGGUUAAGUUUAUGCGAUUGGGGUCAUGACGAUUUGAUCGGAUUGAUUACAGCUAGCUAGCUAGCUAGCUGUGUAGUACCUGGCUGGCCUCGGGCAUAACUUAGCGAGCUUAAUGGCAUUUAACAGCGCCGUGCUUUUUCAGGACAGCAUCCUCAGAUAGCUAGCUAGCAAGCUAGCUAUAGCUUCUGAAUAGACAUGAGUCCUGCUCCGGGACCAUGGCGAGGCAGUGCAGCUACAGUCCCGGUCGCUCCGGACACUCCUAGCGCACCUUUCUCGCUUACGGCUGACCUUCUCCGGCUUUUCAGCUAUGUCAAAUAUGAAAAUUUAGCAGCAGGUGUGAGCGGAGGAGUCAUGUCUACGAUGGUGCUUCACCCUCUGGACCUUGUCAAAAUUAGGUUUGCAGUGAGUGACGGACUGGAGCUAAGGCCCAAGUACAACGGCAUGUUUCACUGCAUGAAAAGCAUCUGGCAACUGGAAGGAAUCAGAGGGCUUUACCAAGGAGUGACGCCAAAUAUCUGGGGAACCGGAGCAUCGUGGGGCUUCUACUUCUUCUUCUACAACGCGAUCAAGGCGUUCAAUAAAGAAGGCCGCCAGUCUGAGCUGAGGGCUGCAGAGCACCUGGUGUCUGCAGCACAGGCAGGGGUUCUGACGCUUUGCCUGACUAACCCAGUGUGGGUAACAAAGACCCGCCUGGUGCUGCAGUAUAACGCUGAUCCGUCCAGGAAGCAGUACAAAGGAAUGCUGGAUGCUCUGGGGAAGAUAUACCGUUAUGAGGGAAUUCCAGGACUCUACAGGGGUUUUGUGCCCGGUCUGAUUGGCACUUCCCAUGGCGCUCUGCAAUUCAUGGUGUACGAGGAGCUGAAGAGAAGUUACAACAAAUACAAAAAGAUGCCAUCUGAUGCACAGCUGACUCCGGCGGAAUACAUUGCGAUGGCGGCUGUAUCCAAAAUAUUUGCAGUGGCCAUAACAUACCCCUACCAGGUAGUCCGCGCACGCUUGCAGGACCAUCACAACAACUACAGCGGGAUGAUAGAUGUGAUCAGGAGGACGUGGAGGAAUGAGGGGGCAGCUGGAUUUUACAAGGGGAUGGUGCCCAACCUGAUCCGAGUCACCCCCGCGUGCGGCAUCACCUUCGUGGUCUACGAGAAUGUGUCCCGUUUUCUGCUCGGACUGCACAAGUGAGCCGGGUGUCCAGUGUAUCCACCAGCAUGCACCGAGGGCCUUCAUGUGACACCCACACGCAAAAAAACAAAAACAAAAACAAAACCUCACCAGCGUGGGCCCCAGCGACUCCUUAAAGGAGUAGUGCACUUGCCUAAGAGAAGCAAGCCCUUUCGGGUUUCCCUGAGUGAAUGCAUUUAGGCUUGUGAUGGAAGUAAAUAUGGACAUUUCCCUGUGUGGAAACCUCACCUUUUCUACCGGUUAUCUCAGAAAAGCAAAGACACUCUGGUCCUCUGUAUUUGAUGGUGAGGAUAUUAGAUAACCAAGUGGGCCUGUACCAUCUGAGCCUCUUACUGUUGUGUGGAUAGAGCAUCCAGUUAAGCGCUGAACACCUGUAGUCCAAUUCUGCUGGAACAAUUGGGACACCAAAGUAAUCAAAGCGUUAAGGCACAUACAGUAGUUUGGAUACUGCUGCUGAUGGUAGUUUACCUCAACUAAUAAAUAUUGUGCUGAAGUCAGAAAAAUGAUAUAUAUAAACUGUAUACAUAUGUAUGCCUCAGUUAAAUGGCACCAAUGGUUCAUGUCUCUUUUAAAUGGCACUUAGGAAUGCUCUGUGAGAAACCUACAUGAAAAUGUUUAGCUGGAGUACACAAGCAGUUUUUAAUCAGGUCUAUACAGGUUGCUUGGAAUGUCCAGCUAAAUAUUUCUUGGUUUUCAUUUUCAGAGACUUAUACUUAAAGGAAAAUUAGCUUCAAGCUCCUAUUCAAUAUACAUGUUAAAUGUGCAUAUGUAAGAUAAACACUCAUUUUUCAGAGAACCGUCCUGGCCGCAUGUAAAUUAGCACUGGUGUAAAAAUGUGUGACAGAUGUUUUUUAUCAAGCUAUUGGCUCAGUACUACAUAAUUGUGGAAUUUUGCCGGUAUGAGAGCAUUAAGACAUACUGAUCACCCGCAGUUUGGUGCUAGGAAGACAAGACUGAGCGGAUGACACAUCUGCUAGAUUAUUACACUCCUCCCAUGUAGAGCACAGCGCUUUUGACUGAAAGUCAGUGGUGCCUGAAGUGAACAUUGCUGUAUGUGUUGCUAUGUGUUCUACUUGUCUGUUGAAAACACAAAAUAUAGACGUGUGUAGCGUCUAAAAAUGCUGGCUCUACACAUUGGAAUUUAGCAGGCCUGAUCCUUGAGUGCUAUGUGUUUUUGUGCAAAUGCAAUAAGCCAUACUGAUUCUUGCCAUACACAGGGCACACACUUCCGAAGUGAAGAUAUAAUAAAUGAUUUUACAUCCUGAAUCUGGGCUGUUUACACGCUGAUUGAGAGAUCGGGGUUUCGUUUUAACCGAUACUAAAUUGCCAAAGUCUGGUUCGCAUGGUUUGGGUUCCAGAGAUCAAAUGACAAGUUUGGGUGCCCGAAAUGCACAAAACCAUCGAUGGAACUCAUAAAA